AUGAUUCAGAAUAUUGAGAAGACAGUUCUGCUGUCUGAGCAUGUCAAUCUGCUUAUUACUGAGGUGAAACCUGAGGCAGCAGACCAGAAAAUGCGAGAUUUUGAGAUACAGAUUGACCUGGCUGAGAGAGAGCAGCAGAAACUCUUCUCUGAGAAGGCAGCAGAGAGAGAUUUUAAGAUGAUUAUCAUCUCAGAUGAGAAGAAGAAGAAGAAGAAGAAGAAUGAGAAGUAA